AUGAAGCGCGACAUCAACAUCUGCUACCCUCAACCUAAGGGGAUCGCAUACAACUCGUCCCCUGAUACUGCUGGGGCUUUCUUUGCCGACAGCUACUACUCUCGGCAGGCCAGCUCCGCUAAAACCCCUCUGGGAUUUAAUUCUGUGCUCUCCAACAUAAAGGCAUCGCCGAAUGCUCUUGGCUACCUUGGCUUCACCCUGAUGGACAAGCGAUGUACAGACUUUGUCACCAACAUCAAAUUUGUGUGGUGGAGCAGCAGGAUUUCUCCUGAAUUCAACUUCAACGAUGGCCAAUACCGCGGCGACUUCCACGUGGUCAUUGCCGGUAGCAACGGUUAUGCUGGCACUCCCACCCAGCGCGGGUUCCGCAUCGAGACCAACGGCAGCGGCACAGUCAUGGAUGACCGCUGGUUGGCUGUCUCUCCCGGCGAAGGUGCUGCCGUCGCCCUCAAUCCCAUCGAGUACAAGCCUCAGACCUCGGUCUUCCAAUUCGGUGCCGAUGGCUCCCUCAUCCAAAUCGCACUUAAGAUGGGCAUGGCUGGUGUCGCGCCCAAUCAGAACGGUAAGUGUGAUUCCCUCCAGUAUCGUGCUGUUGGCCAAUCGAGGACGGACUACAUCAAGUGCUCUGGCGACAACUUGAUCGUCUGCACAUCGAAGGUCGGUUACCAGUACGCGGGUGUCUGUCCCGGUCGCAAGCAAUUCAUCAGCGGCCUGUUGUACUUCGGUUUGGCGCAGAAGAUGCCCAAGGACUGCUACUGGAUUGGUCUUUACAUCGACACGGACAUCUCGGAUAUCGCUAUUGACUCGAGUCAGACGUCGCCGGGAUUGCGUUGCUUUAGCAGCAUACCCCGCUUCUCCUACACAGCGCUUCUGGUGGGCAGCGCUGGUGUCUUCCGGCUAAAUAUCGAAUCAAUACCGCUAGCAAUGCAUGAGGCGAGCCAUAGGGCCCGAAAGCAAACAUGAAGGUUGUCGAGGGCAAGCGCCAGUAAGUCAAUUCAGAAGUAUGUAGCAAGAGAGAUGCAACCAGCAGGCAUCGCAGGACCGUAUAAACUCG